AUGACUACCGUGACAGCGACUGUGACCACUUCGAGUGCAGAUACCUCGGCUCCGACAGUUGGUCAGCCCUUUUCCAUUCAAGUCAACACCGGUGGCUCAGGAAAGCACAAGCGAGAUAUCCUGGUGGUCGGUUAUGUCAACGGAGCACUUGUGCUUGUGAGCUCUCCAGCUGAUGCUGUGGCCUUUGUUCUCACUUCUGAUGGCGUGCUGAUGAUUUUCGACACCACUCUGGUUGUCGGCUUCAGUGGUGGCUCGGGACCUUCAGCUUUGAUGAUCUACUCCUCAGUCUCAGCUAUGCCAACAACAAUUGUAUGGUCAGUCUCUGGUGGCGCUCUUGUCUUGCCAGGAGCUGGCUUUUGUGUUGGUGCCGGCAACGUCAUGUCAGUUAAUGCUGGACCGACCGACAGUAGCUGUGCUCCCGUUACUGCCGUGCCGGAUACAGAUACAAACUCAUACAAUACUGAAGUCGCUAGCACGGUAACACCGGCGCCUCAAACCACGGCUUUGACCACUCCGAGUUCGAGCUCCAUAUUAGUUGAGGCUACUGCUACUCCUGGCUCAUCCUCGUUCACCACCUCGAGUAUCAUUACCAGCUCAACCCAAAGUCUUGCCAGUUCUACCUCGAGUAUCACCACUCCAGCUUAUGUCUCGACUAGCAGUACAACAUCUUUGGAUAGCACAAGCUCGGACAGUAGCGUGACUACCAGCACAACAACCGCAACGAAGACCGAGGAGACAAGUGGACCGAAUUGCUCCAUUCUACCUUUGGAAGAUCAGACAGCGCCAAGUGGGACUCAAUACACGCAAUUCUUCUACAGCUGUCACGCUGCCAUUCCCCUAACUCUCGGCAGCAGUUAUUCCAUAGCCACUUCAGGUAAUGGAGGCUAUAGCACUGACCCUACCGCCUUCCUGAGAGAAUGUGUGGCGAAUGCCGAAGAGGUUGGGGCCAGCGUAUGGACUUACUAUCAGACGUCGUCGGAUUUCGACUGGCACUGUGGCUUUUGGACCGGCCUAGUGGCAGAUGAUGACAUUUUCGUGGACGACUCGACAGUUUCCACCAUGAAUGCUAUGACAGUGGUUGGGGCAGGUGGCACCUCAAGCUUCACAAGUACUUCCUCUAGCUCCACACCGCCAUCAGGGAUCUUCUCCAGUCCGACGCCCACAAGCUCGGCCUUGACUACGACUUCCAGCUCAGCAUCCGCAACGCCAACAUGCACAAACCUCUGCAGUGCGGGAACAGUAUCGUCGGGCUCUCAAUAUUGUGCCAACUUCGUUGUUCAACAACGUAUGACAGCUUUCAGGGCCUUCUGGGUUCCCACUGAAAACCAGUGGCACUGUGACGCCGGCUUGAACAACGAUGAAACCGGUGACUACGAACACUCCGCUGCUCAAGGCGCUUUCUACAUGUACAACCUUGUUUCUGCUUCAAGCUCCUCCACAACGUCUGCAACUACGCCGUCUACAACUUCUCUGUCUGUGGCUGCAGUGUCUACAACUACAGCGCUUGCAACUACAACGUUUGCAAAUACAACGUUUGCAAAUACAACGUCUGGAACUACAACUACGUCCAGUACGACGAGCACAACGUCAUCUGCACCCUGCGUAGCAACUUCAGCUUCAGUUGGUGACAUUUUAAAUACCCCAGAUGGCAAUUCCUGGAUCAAUUUCUUCUCCUCUGGGUGUGGGUUGUCCUUGGACUGGCAAACCUUGAAUUGGAACAAUCUUUAUGUUUACCAACGCACCGAUUAUACAUUUGACGAGGCUUUAAUGGAAUGCGCCAACGUUGCAGAUAGUGACGGCUCGCCUGUCUUCGAGUUCGAGACCGAUGCUCGCAACAACAAUCGAUGGGUGUGCUGGACUCUCAACGAUAUCACCAAUGAUCCAGCACAAUUCCAGCCUUAUCCUGGCAUCGCCGAUGCGUACGGUUGGUACCUGCCUAGCAGGAUGGUUUUGCCUGUAACCAUAACAUCAACCACGACAACGACAUCCAUCUACGCCCCUACAACCACAACAGUGACAACACCAACUUUGACAACGACAUCUACCCCCGUUAUCACAACCACAACGGCGACAACUCCAACCUUGACAACGACAUCCGCGUCCGUCACCGCAGCUACAGCCACAGCCACAGCCACAGCCACAGCCACAGCCACGACAAGCACAACAACAGAGAGUCUGGCACCAUCUGAGACUUUCUACAUCGUGGCUGACACGGUAGUGACAAAUCGCAGGAUUAAGCGAGAUAUAGAAUAUCUCGUCUUGAAUCCACAGACUGGUUUGAGCAGCCUUGUCAACUCCGAAGUCGAAGCAAGCAUAUUCACUACGGCCGAUGAUGAAUCAUUAAUGGUCAUGGUGAGUGGCACGCCCGUCUGGGUUGGUCUUACAAUCAGUACGCCCACUCAACUCGUGAUGGAAACUGAGCGACCAAGCCCUCCAGUCACUGCAAUUAUUGACAGCAACGGUUUCCUGACCAUUUCAGGAGUGUUGACUGAAUGCAUCGUGAACGGCGGACUCAUUGUCUCUACCGAUGGCUCGAUUCCUGACGGCUGCGUCCAGGUCAUACUGAAAGCAGUUUCUACAACCAUUGCUGUUCCGGCCGAUCGAAGCACAGCGGCAAGCACGUCUUCAUCUUCAUCAGCAGCGGCAGUUCCUACAACAUCUGGGUUGACGACAACCACUAGUACAGUGACGAUUACGACGACUACACCGACCCCAACCCCUACUUGCGACAAUGGUUCAAUUGUUACAGACACGAAUGGAGAUACAUGGGAGACUCUUUGCGGACAGGGCAGUUAUUACGGAUGGAGUUCCUUCUCCUCAUUCUCCGACGUGGCAACUCUAUCUGACUGCAUUACCAAGUGCAACGAAGAUGACUCGUGUAAUGCUGUCUCUAUGGAAUACAGAAAUGCUCCAGAUAGCAAUCUUUGUGGUUUCAUCUACACAUCGAUUGAUUUCCAGCCAUAUGAUUUCGCUGCGGAUACAGCCAUCAAGAUUUCAGGAGCAAAUGCCAGACCGCAAAUUGAUGUCUCUGGGUCAUCGACGACGACGGGGAUGACAACGACAUCCGUCCGUAAAUCAAGCACGACCACAACCUCAACCACGUCGACGACUCCAACGCCUGCAUGCACGCCAUCUGCGAUUGGAGAUGUCACCGCUCUUUACAACACAACCCAGACUUUUCGCAACGUUUACACAGGUUGCGGCGAGUCGAUGGAAGGAGGGACGAUAGGCGGUCUGGGCUAUUUUCCCAACCAGUUCGCAGUCAAUUGGCUAGCGUCAGAAAACUAUGAGGGCUGGUCCUUUGACAGUGCUGUAAGCCGAUGUGCUCAAUUCGCGGUUGACAAUGCUGCCACAGCUGUUGAGUUCUAUGUCGACGUGGAUCAGAAUUGGCUCUGCGUCGGCGUUGACGAUCUGACUGUUGACGACUCCUCCUUCUAUCCCGACUCGAAUGUCAUCAAUGUCUGGGGCUUCCUCUGGGAGAAUUCGUGCCAGAAUACUCCGCUUGACGAUAUCACCGCAACUGAUGGAGCGAUCUUCUCUGAAUUCUACACCGGCUGCAGUGCAUCUUUCCAGGGCAAUACACCCGGGGGACUCGUCGACCUUGACCGAGUCGUGUCAGUAGACUGGCAAGCUCCAGACUAUUCCGGCUACACGUUUGAUGCCGCCGUCAAAAAGUGUGCUGACACCACAAUUUCGCAAGAUGGUAACUUGUUCGAGUUCUACAUUGGCUCAGAUGAUUGGUGGUACUGCAUUGCAGUGAACGACUUGCCUGCCACGGCCAACAGUUUCUAUCCCGACUCUACAAUUGGUAAGGUCUGGGGGUUUGCGAUUACAGAAUCAACCGACGUCUGUGAACCUACACGGCUUGCAGGAUCAGUCCAGCUAGCGAACGGCACUACCUUUAAUGAAUUCUACGAUGCGUGCCAUGUGUCACUGGAAGGCGAUACUCCUGGCGGACCGGGCUCCAUGACAAGUGUGUUUGGCUUCAACAAUCCACCUGGCGAGGACGGCAAUCACGGAGGAUGGACGUUAGAGACAUCUCUCCAACAAUGUAUCACAGACUCUGCAGCCGCCGGUGCGACAUUGGUCGAAUUCUACGAGAAUGCCGAUGAGGAUCCUACUUGGUACUGCUUUGGUGUCAACAACGUACCGGCGCAGAAGGAUUCGUUCUACGGUGAUGCGAGUGUUGGCCGUCUGUGGGCUUUCAGGCUUGACGAGUCUACCCUAUAG